AUGGCUGCGUCACUUCCAAGAUCCUUGAUGGGCAUCGCCCGCUCGUCGGUGCGAGCCUUGCACAGCUCCGCUACUGCCGCUGCCUCCACCUCUAGCCUCUCUCCCGUCGCAGCUGCUCACAUGCGUCCCGUCAACGGUUUCGUCGGUGCUGUUGGCAACACACCGCUCAUCCGCCUUAACAAGAUCAGCGAUGCCACCGGCUGCGAGGUGCUCGGCAAGGCUGAGUUCAUGGAACCAGGAGGAAGCGUCAAGGACCGCGCCGCCCUCUUUGUUGUUAAGGAUGCCGAGGAGCGUGGUCUCAUCAAGCCUCGAGGUACUGUUGUCGAGGGUACUGCUGGUAAUACUGGUAUCGGCUUGGCUCACGUCUGCCGCUCCAAGGGCUACAAGUGUGUCAUCUACAUGCCCAACACCCAGUCCCAAGAGAAGAUCGACCUCUUGCGCAUGCUCGGCGCCGAAGUCUACCCAGUUCCUGCCGUCGCCUUCGACAACCCAGAAAAUUACAACCAUCAGGCAAAACGACAUGCUGACCGACUUGACAAUGCCGUCUGGACCAAUCAGUUUGACAACACUGCCAACCGACGAGCCCAUAUCGAGACCACCGGUCCCGAGAUCUGGGAUCAGACCGAUGGCAAGGUCGAUGGCUUCAUCUGCGCUACUGGUACUGGAGGGACUCUUGCCGGCAUCACAAGCUACCUCAAGGAGAAGAGCAACGGAAAGGUGCAAUGCUGGCUUGCGGACCCUCCCGGCUCGGUGCUCCACUCGUACAUCCAGACCAAGGGAAAGCUCAUGGACCGCCAAGGUGGCUCCAUCACUGAAGGUAUCGGCCAGGGUCGAGUAACCGACAACCUCAAGCCCGACAUCGAGAAGCUCGACGGCUCCGUUCACAUUCCUGACGAGGAGAGUAUCGAGAUGGUGUACGACCUUUUGCACUCGGAAGGCAUCUACGUUGGUGCCUCUUCUGCCCUCAACGUGGUCGCUGCUAAGAAGAUGGCUGAGCAGCUCGGCCCCAACAAAACCAUUGUCACGAUUCUUUGUGAUGGUGCUUACAGGUACCAAGCAAGGCUGUUCUCCCGAAAGUGGCUCGAAUCCAAGGGUCUUGACAAGGCCAUUCCCGAGCACUUGCAAAAAUACAUUGUGCUGCCAUGA